AUGAAAUUCUCCCUCGCCUUUCUCGUCGCCGGCUCCGUCUCCAUGGCGGCUGCCUGGAACAUCACUACUUUCAGCGAUGACAAGUGUACUCACUCUACAGGCUGGGAUAUCUCUCUGACUACCACCAUUGGCUGCAUCUCGCUGCCCGAGCCCGUGGGCUCCAUCCUUGUCGAGAACAUGGCCGAUGACCUUCACUUCAUAGGCUCGAGCGGCUACGCUUGCGACGUUUUCCAUCAGAGUGGUGGCAAUGGCUGCUAUACUCAGGGACAGGACUUUCAAUCCGUCGAGGUUAUUCCCUUCAAUCAAUAA